AUGUCUAAACCCCGCGUGGUUGCGCUCGGAAAUCCCCGCUUCGUCGGCGAUGACUUUCUGACUGCCUUCCGCGAGGACUUCCGCUUCUCCGUGCUCGAGGCCUACACCCACGACGAGGCCCACGCCCUGCUGCCGCGCGAUAUUGCCGAGCACGGGCCCAUCGACGCCUUUGUCAUCCGCAUGGGCACGCCACCCUACGAGCCCUUCGACGAGGCCUUGUUUGAUAUGAUGGCCCCGCGCCUCAAGAUCGUCGCCUCGGCGAGCGCCGGCUACAACGAGUUUCCCGUCGGCCACCUGGCGCACCGCGGCGUCUAUUUCUGCAACACCGUCGACGGCGUCGCCGAGGCCACCGCUGACAUGGCCGUGUUCCUGAUCCUAGCCGUGCUGCGCAAUGCGAGCGCCGCCGAGCGCUGCGCCCGCGCCGGCCGCUGGCGCUCCGAUCCGGGGCUGAUCCCGGCACGUGACCCAUCCGGUCUGACGCUCGGCAUUGUUGGUCUGGGUGCCAUUGGCAAGUACAUUGCGCGCAAGGUGGCCGCCUUCAACAUGCGCAUCGUCUACUACAACCGCACGCGACUGCCAGCCGACGAGGAGGCCACAUACGCGGCCACGUAUGCCGGGUCGCUGCACGGCCUGCUCGCGACAGCCGACGUCGUCUCCGUCAGCUGUCCGCUCAAUGCGCACACGACCGGGCUGAUGGGCCGUGCCGAGUUCGCCGCCAUGAAGGACGGCGCCUUCUUCGUCAAUACAGCCCGCGGCGCCGUCGUCGACGAGGCCGCGCUCAAGGAGGCCCUGCUGUCGGGCAAGGUGGCACGCGCCGCCGUCGACGUGCUGUGCAACGAGCCCGACGUCGAUCCUUGGUUCCUGGCCCAGGAUAACGUCAUCGUGCAGCCGCAUCUGGGCGGCCUGACGGACGUGGCCUACCGCCGGGCCGAGCGCGAGUGCUUCGAGAACAUCCGCGCGUAUUUUGCCACGGGCGUGCCCCAUUCGCCCGUGCUGCCGCUCUCGGCUGAGAAGUGA